UACACCGCGACGGCAACUUCGAUUCACCUGAAAAGAUGGCCGAUCCUCCUCCCCUCCGACCUCCCUGCUCCCCAAACCCUAGCGUCCGGCCCCCACUCCUGCGAGGCCUCCUUCGGCAACGGCUUCACUCGCCACCUCGACCUCCUCUCCGCCGUCGACGGCAGAGGAGGAGGCCGCGGGGGAGCAUGGUUCCGGUGCUUCACGCUUGAGAGCUCCAUCUGCGAGGGGAGGGCUGCCGAAGAUGUCGCGGGAGAGGAUCGGGAUGGCGGUGGGAGGGGACAGGUUGGACGGCGUGAUGGGGAGGAGCGAAGAGGAGGAGGAGAUGCUGGUGUUGGAGGACGGCGCGUUCCAGAUCGCCGAGGGCGGGGGUGGCCGCAAGUUGGGGUUUAGGAGAGGGCAGAGUCUCGCGAGCGAUGAUUUCUUGGAAAAUUAUGUGGACCAGGGUAAGCGGCAUCCGGUUCGUAAUUUGAUGGGGUCGAUUCGUGUUGUCAAACCAGGAGAGUCGCGGCGCGAUCAGUUAUAUGGCAGAGAAGGAUGUGAUGAUGAUCAAUGGCUAUGGAGCUCCGAAGUUAUGUCAUAUUUGUUAGGGGAGUGCAAUGCAAUUGCUUUGCAUUUUUUGAUAUGGAAUUAAUUGAGUGCUAUUAGAGUUAGGGGAUCAGUGAUAAUGAAAAGCUGAAUAUGCUAACAAGUGAUUAAUUAUCUCCUAGAUUCUGGGAAAGAUGGGAACCACACAGAUUGGAAAGAUCUAGAUUCCAGGUAAAUUCAGUUGGACUGGCAAUCUUCUGCGGUAGGUCUUUCCAUUCAUCAUUGAUUAUGUCUGCGUAGAACCAAUGGUUAUUGCAACACUUGAAAAUCUGGCUAAACUGAAAUUGCAAUUGGCUGAUUAUGUAUUUCCUAGAUUCUGGGAAGGAUGAGAACAAAAGUUUUGAGGAUCUAGAGUCUAGACUGAUCUGGUUGGACAGGUGGUUUUAUUUCCUGCUAGCUGAUUAUCUAUCAUUUUACGUGGAAUAUUUCUACUCUUCUCUCUGUUUUCUCUGCUCUUCAUUCCAUUUUAUCUCUCUCUAACGUUAUCUCUCAUGAAGCCGCAGUGGAUCGAGAAGCCAAUAAUUCUUAUCACCCGCUUUGAAUAUGCGAACUUUUCACACAGUUACUGAUUGGUACAAUGCGUGCAUUUCCUCCACGGUCACUGCUUUACCGUAUCGACCUCAUGUUGUCUUUGUAGACGGCCAUUGCAUAGUAUGAGAAGGAUGCUUUGAUCUACGAAUUCAUGCUCUGGUGCUUGUGAAUUCUGCCUGUGUGGAAUAUUCUUGGGGGAGUAUGAAAUCAUUUGUUAUCUUCCUGUUUAUAGCAUAAUGGGUGCAUACUACACUGUUUUUAGCUCGUAGCACAGAUUUUAGAUAAAGUGGAUCUAUAUGUGGUGGCAUCAUGCUGUAACAACAUGGAGUAUCCUGAAGUACAGAAAAUCAGCUUUGGUACAAAUGGAAAGAACCUUUGCUCUCUUUGUUUAGGGAUUGUAGUGGGAUGAGAGUAAAGAAUUUUGGACGCAUGUUUCUUUCAACAGUUAGUUUUUGAUAGAGGAUAUAGAUUGAUCAAAGUUACCAGAAUUAUCUUCAGUCAAAACUCUGUAAUAACCUUUUGAGUUUAGAGAGAAUAAUUAGUUAGCAAGGAAACUCAGUCUUUCUUACCAUCAUUAUUCUUUCACGGUGUAACAUUUGUAUCCCAAUUUGAGGAGUAUGCUUGAUAUGCAUUUUGUGCAGGUU